AUGGGUUGCUCGCCGAGGGCCGCCAUGGUGCUCUCUCUGCUCCUCGUCUGCUUCUUAUCAGGUGCAAGGGCCAGGCAGUUCACGAUCAUCAACAAGUGCGGGACGACGAUCUGGCCGGCGGUGACGCCGUCGCCGAGCGACAGCUUCGGGGGCGGCGGGUUCGAGCUCAAGUCCGGGCAGUCCAUCGUGUUCACGGCGCCCCCUGCGUGGUCGGGCCGCAUCUGGGGCCGCACCGACUGCGCCUUCGACGGGUCCGGCACCGGCAAGUGCGGGACGGGCUCCUGCGGCCCCAACCUCAAGUGCUCCGGGGCCUCUGGCGACCCACCGGCGAGCCUUGCCGAGUUCACGCUCGCCACGCCCGACUUCUACGACGUGUCCCUCGUCGACGGCUUCAACCUGCCCAUCACCGUGAACCCCGUGAACGGUCGCAGCCCGGGCAACUGCUCGGCGGCCGGCUGCGACGGCGACCUCCGGGAGACGUGCCCGGCCGAGCUCUCCGUGAAGGGCGCCGGCGGGAAGACGGUGGCGUGCCGCAGCGCCUGCGACGUGUUCAACACCGACCAGUACUGCUGCCGCGGCAAGUUCGCCGGGCCGUCGACCUGCCCGCCCACCACCUACUCCAAGAAGUUCAAGGAGGCGUGCCCGACGGCCUACAGCUACGCGUACGACGAUCCCAGCAGCCUCUUCCAGUGCUCCGGCGCCGACUACGUCGUCACAUUCUGCUCCAACAGAAAGCAAUCGGUGUGCUCGUACCACAACAACAAGCUCGUGUGCAAUGGCUCCAGCCGACGGCUGCCGGCCAUGUCUGCAGCCCUGACGCUGGUGCUCCUCUUCGGCUCUGUGGCACUGCAGUUUUCGGCGUGAUGGAGGAGAGGACCAAGGGAAACAAAACUGAGUUACACUUGUUCCAAACGGAUUUGUGGUAUCUUUGACAUUUCGACAACAGAAUUUCUUUGGAGAUGUGAUAUUUUUUUAACUGCAAUUUCAAACGCCUGUUCUGUAGUGUAAGCAGAGGCAUUGCCGCAGCAUACACACGGUUUCUGUAAACUUUUAAAACUGACGAUGUCGAUUG